AGCAUAUAAAAUCGGCGCUAUCAACGCUAUCUUGAUCGUAAAUAAUAUAAAAAGCUGAAUUAGAACAGUAAUUACUUUUGCUCUAAGCUAGUAACGCAAAAUGGACGUGAAAAUUGCGUGUAUACUUUUUCUCGCGAUAGUGUCGCAAGGUUAUGGCAUAACAGAAAUACGACUAGAGGACAAGCAGGUGUCUUACCUCACCAAUAAUAUCAUCGGCAGAAGUAUUGGCAUCGGCAAAUCGUUUUUAGAUAGGCUUGUAGUCUGCAUGGUGACGUUUCCCAAUGGUAUUGCUUAUGAAGCCUUCCCCAAUGACAAUACACCAAGUACUGUCACGUUUGGACUAGCAGCAGAACCUUUCAGAUCUUGCGUCAUCGAGUUCAAAGAUUCCAACGUGGCGAUGAGUGGUAUCUACGAUUUAGCUUCCAUGGUAUUACAUACGAGCAACAGCAGCCAUACAAUUACGAGAAGACGCUUCAAUUUGACUAUUAGUGAAGUUGAAUUCUAAUAGCACAGAACAAAAUAGAAAAUGGUCGUCGAGGAAUCCAUGUUUGAGGGAAUAGAAUUUUUGUGUGUUUAAAAAAUGUGUUUUGAUUACAACCUCUGAAAUUAAAAUGUUAGUUUCUAUAAUCAAAUUCAAAA